AUGUCUUUACAGCUUACAGAACUUGUAAAGCGUCCUGGCAGCGGCAAAACCGGCAAGCCUAUUCGUGUUCGUACCAACUUCUUUGAAGUUAUCAACUUUACUACGAGCAACGUCCACCACUACGAUAUCACUAUUGACCCCCCUAGUGCUCCCCCUGCUCUCUAUCGUAAGGUUUGGCAAUCCUUUGAAGAUUUGGAUGGCAAAGGUAUCCUUAAAGGCAUCAAGACUAUCUAUGAUGGCCGCAAAAACGUUUUCUCUCCCAAGCCUCUUCCUUUAGGUGAUGAGAACGCUAUGCAGUUCGAGGUUGAACUUCAAGAACAAGGUUCAAAGCGCUCUGGUGGUCUUUUCAAGAUUCGUAUCAAGAAGGCUGGUGAAGUUAAUAUGGAAGAACUUCGUCUCUUCUUGAACGGUCAAUCUUCUUGUACCUCCAAUUGUUUAGUUGCCAUCAUGGUUAUGGAUGUGCUUAUUCGUCAUGUUCCUUCCGUGACCUAUACUACUGUCGGUCGUUCUUUCUUUACUCCUGCUGACAAACGUCCUCUUCCUAACGGCGCCGAGGUCUGGCAAGGUUAUUACCAAUCUGCUCGUCCUACUAUCGGUAAAAUGAUGAUCAACAUUGAUGUCUCCGCUACCGCUUUCUAUGAAUCUGGUCCUUUGCCUGAAGUUGUUGCCAAGAUCUUGGGUCGUCGCUCUUUGGAUGAACUUCGUCGUGGUAUCCCUGACCGCGAGUUGACUAAGCUUGAAAAGAUCUUGAAGUCUUUGAGAAUCCAAGUCACUCACCGUGGUGAAUCAAAGAAGAAGUACAAGAUCACUGGUCUUACUCGUAGCACUGCUGACCAUACCAACUUCAAGGACGAGUCUGGUGCUGAAUUGUCUGUUGCAAGCUACUUUGCCAAGCAAUACAAUAAGCGUCUCAACUAUCCCUUCUUGCCUUGUGUUGCCGUCAGAAAGGAUAUUUUCUUGCCUAUGGAAGUUUGUGAAGUUCUUCCUGGUCAACGUCACAUGAAGAAGUUGAACGAAAAGCAGACAGCUGAAAUGAUCAAGUUCACUUGUCAAAAGCCCGAUGUUCGUGCUAACAAGAUUAACCAAGGCAUGAACCUUCUCAAGUACCGUGAUAACCCUUACUUACAACAAUUUGGUUUGUCUGUCAAGCCUGAAAUGGCCGUCAUUAAUGCUCGUGUCUUACCUACUCCCAAGAUUUCUUAUCACGCCUCCUCUCAAGAAGCUGUCUUUGCUCCUCAAGGCGGCGCUUGGAACCUUCGUGGCAAGAAAGUCGCUCAAGGCGCCAAUCUUGGCUCUUGGUCCGUCGUCAACUUUGCUGGCAACGUUCCUCCUCCCGCUAUCAACAACUUCAUCCGUGAGCUGUGUCGUACCUUCAUUGAUACCGGUUUGAAUGUUGUCAAUCGUCAACCUCCUAUCAUGAACGCUGACCCCAACGGUAACAUUGACCGUACCUUGAAGGAAGCCUGGUUGAAGGCUGGUAACGCUGCCAAGGCCAAUCCUCAAUUGAUCUUCUGUAUCUUGCCCAACACUGGUACUCAGUUGUAUGCUGAAAUCAAGAGAAUCUCUGACACUGUCAUUGGUGUUGCUACUCAAUGUGUACAAUCUAAGCACAUUGCUGAUGCCAAGAAGCAAUACUGCGCCAACGUCUGUCUUAAGGUUAACGUGAAGUUGGGUGGUAUGAACUUGUUCUUGCCUCCUGAACAAAUUCCUUUCAUUGCUCAAGUACCCACUAUUGUCUUUGGUGCUGAUGUCACUCAUCCUGCUCCUGGUGAUAUGAACCGUCCAUCUGUUGCCGCACUUUGUGCCUCUAUGGACGCUCGUGCUUCCAGAUACGCUUCUGCUAUCCGUGUCCAAGCUAACCGUACUGAAAUCAUUGCCGAUCUUGCCAACAUGGUUAAGGAAUUGCUCAAAUCUUUCUAUCAAUCCUCUGGUCAAAAGCCUGUUCGUAUGAUCUUCUAUCGUGAUGGUGUCUCUGAAGGUCAAUUCAAGCAAGUAAUGGAUUCCGAAGUUGCCGCUAUCCGUGCUGCCUGUACCUCUUUGGACAAGGACUACAAGCCCACAAUCACCUUCGUUGUCGUCCAGAAGCGUCACCAUGCCAGAUUUUUCCCUAUCCAACCACGUGAUGCUGACCGUACUGGUAACUGUCAACCUGGUACUGUCAUUGACACCGACAUUGUCCAUCCCUUCGAGUUUGACUUUUACCUUCAGUCUCACGCUGGUCUCCAGGGUACUUCUCGCCCUACUCACUACCACGUAUUGUAUGAUGAAAACAAGUUCACUUCCGAUGCUCUUCAAGAAUUGACCUACCGUAUGUGUUACAUCUAUGGUCGUGCCACUCGUGCUGUCUCUUUGGUCCCAGCUGCCUACUAUGCUGACUUGGUUGCCGCUCGUGCUCGCUUCCACAGACGUAAUGAGAACUGGUCUGACACUGAAGCUACCUCUGAAUCACAAGACUCUGAAGCACAACUUGCCUCCUUCGCUGUUGUCAAACCUGAGCUCACCAAGGUUAUGUACUUCAUGUAA